GGAGAGUGAGCAUGCGCAGCGGCCCCGGGGAUGGAGGGGGAGGUGGGGACCCAUGCGCGCGCGCACUAGCGGCCCUCCGGCGGCCGCGGGUGGAGGGGGCGGUUCCUCGAGUGUCGGCGGCCGGAGGGUGGGCAGGCUCGCCGCAGGUGCCGCUGCGGCCGGUGCCGCAGCCUCCUCCGGGUCCCGGGUUUCCUCGUCCUCCGGCGGUGAUGAGCUGGGCCCCGUCGGGGGCUGCACCUGCCGUCUGCCCAUCACCCCGGGCCUCCCUGCGUGACCUCGGCCUCCUCGCGUGCCCGGCCCCCGCGGUGCGGGGCUGCCCCUGAGAGGGAGCAGCAGCGGCCUCCUCCGCCCCGAGUCCUCACUCGGGGGCCGCGCAGGGAGAGCGCCCGGCCCCCACCCCUCCCCCGUCCGCCGUCCUCAAUGUCUCCCCGGCGGGGAGGGGGCUGCCUGGGAGACGCGCUGAGCUGCCCCCCCCGGAGGCCCGUCGGCGGCAGCAGCAGCGCCCGGCCCGGCGCCCCGCAGCCUUCCCCGGCGGCGGCGGCGGCGGCCUGGAGGAGCCGCGCACCCGCCGCCGCCCCCGGAGCCUCGCAGCCGCCGCCGCCACCCGGCGCCCGAGGAGAGGGCGGCGGGCGCCCCCCGGGGAAGAUGAAGGCGGAAGGGGGCGACCACUCCAUGAUCAACCUGUCGGUGCAGCAGGUCCUGAGCCUUUGGGCCCACGGGACGGUGCUGAGGAACCUCACGGAGAUGUGGUACUGGAUCUUUCUGUGGGCUCUCUUCUCCUCUCUGUUUGUCCAUGGUGCUGCGGGCGUGUUGAUGUUUGUGAUGCUGCAGAGACAUAGGCAGGGGAGAGUAAUCUCGCUCGUUGCAGUCAGCAUCGGAUUUCUGGCUUCUGUAACUGGAGCAAUGAUUACUACCGAAUAGCAAAGCCUGUCUUUCAGUGAAGUGGGCGACGGUCAAGUGCGACUUGAACCGAUCACACGGAAACUUCCGUGGACAGUUUAGAAGAGGAGCAGGAUGGAGGACUCUGGGGUGCUGAGAUGGAAAGCGAUCUGACGUCCCCGGUGCAGCGUGUUGCGAAGGGAAUGAACGUGUUGGUUUGUUUCUCUGCCCCUUCUCGUGCAGGCGCAGCAGUCGCGGGCAUCUACCGAGUCGCAGGGAAGAACAUGGCCCCUCUGGAGGCGCUGGUGUGGGGCGUGGGACAGACUGUAUUGACAUUAAUCAUCUCCUUCUCGAGGAUCCUCGCCACACUCUGAGCUUGCGGUGGGAAUGUCUUACUUCGCAUAAGGAAACAUGUACAGAUUCUCAGAACACGGCGUUGUGAAGGAGCGGGAAUGAAACGUACGAGGAGAACGUGGAAGGAGCAGGGCGCCCCCGAAGGCCUUGAGCUGUGUGCAGAGAUCGCCCUCUGGCGUCCAAGUGGUUGCACUACCGCACUGCGCCUUACGUGCCUCCGGCCCGGGCCGGGCGCAUCACGGGACCGGAAGCUCCAGGAAGAAGCGCCUUGCUUAGCUGCCAAUCAGGUUAACACGGUGUUGACUCGUCGUUCUUAACAGUGUUGUGUUGAGUUACAGGGACGUUUUGAGGAAUUGAUGUAUGUGCCAAACUCUUCUCUUUUUUUAACAUGGAUCAUGUGACAGUUUGCAAGCGUAGAUGUAGAUGAGUGCUGUGAACCAUACUUGACAUGAAUUCAGGUAACGUAGUGAGAUUUUUGUUCUGUGACGCUAAAUCCCGUAUGAGUGCUGAACAGCGAAUCAUUGAAUGUGAGGUGGACGGUUUGGUUUCCAGUGCUGAACGUUUCUGGGAUUUAGGGCUUUAAUAUGUUUAGGCAUUAUUGUCAUUUAAUUUAUGCGGAAAAUAAUACUUAAUGGAAAACUAGCUAAACUCUUUUAAGGACUCAAAGUAGACCCGUAGGGUGCAUCCUUUCCACUCAAGUAACACUCUUUCAGUAGUUUCCCUCCUGUGUAACUAUUCUGUUGAGACGAAUUCAAAAACUUAUGGGUCACACACAUUGACUGUAGUUUGUGUGUCAUAAAAAUAUAAUUUGAAAGUUUUCUUAUAAACUUUGUAAGAAAAGAAGUCUGAAAUGCAUGUUGCAUUCUUUGACCCUUCUAAAGAAAGUUUUUGCCAUGUAUCUCAUGGAGAAAACAUCUUUAUAGCUACUAUCUCGGUGGGAUUAUAUUACUUGUUGCAUAUAUCUUGAUUUUUGGCAAAACAAACAAUCUUUCAUUCUGGAGUAUUACCUAUAUUUAAAGAGUGGCCUAAAUUAGGCUGUGAAAACAAAGAGCCUCAUUUGUAGAUAAGUAACAAGUAAGUUAUGUAAGAAGAGUAAUUGCAUUACACUGGGCAUGUGGUAACAAUUUCACUAAGUAAAAAUUGGGGAAUAUAAGAAAUAAUUUAAAAAUUUGGCAGUUAAUCUCAGCAUAUCAGUACAGUACUGAACAUAUAUUAGAGUGAUUCCGUUGUUCGGUUCUCGAUUUGCGCUGUUAAGUUUCCUAGAAUCAGUGACAACAUUUAUUAGAAUGAAAAAUCCUUAGUAAUACAACAUUUUAAGAGGUUUUGGCAAGAUGCAGUUGUUUUUAAGAGUGCAGGGAGCAAGGGAAACAGAACCUGGUUGAAUUUGUCUCCUACUGAGAUUGUUUUAAAGACCAGGUCCCUUUAUAAAUGUGGUAAUUCAAAAAGCCACUGCAGAAAAUAUGAAGUUAAGGGCAGUCCAAAAAAUAAUCUGCAUACUCUAGCCUCAUUGUUUUAUGACCCGAUUUGGUAAAAAGUACGUUUCUAUUAGGUCCCAUUCAAAUUUAAGACCUCCAUUACCCACACCACUUUUUCUCCACCGAAAAGCAGAAUGUGUUUCAAUGACGUAAAAGUAGGGAGUUGGGGAAGGGGAUACUUUUACCAGUAUGGAAGCCAGUUUUGGGGGUUUACUAAUGCUGGGCUUGGAGAUCUGUUUUUAAAGACACCAUUAAGCAACUAUGCAUCCCUAGAGAUCUUUGAAGUAAAUCUUAAAAUUGGUUCUUUUUAUUAUGUACAAGCCUAAAAUUAUUUGUUCUUUAUGUUCCUGAUGUGUUCCCAAAUUAAAUUUAGGCAUAAACUUUCCCAGUCCAUUUGAUUUCUCCUUUUCUUUUAGACUUGAAUUGUGUUCUUCCUUUACUUUGGCUCUUCUGUUGGUAAUUUCAAGUGUUCAUAUUCUUUGAGAGGAGUUACCAAUAAUGUGUUCACAUUGUUUCAGAUCUACAAUAUGAAUAUUUAUUUUAACAUAUGGUUGUUUCAUGAUUUACGAAAGUUAUCAUGGUAAGGGAAUACGGAGCACAUGGUUUAGAAUCCAAAAUUAGCUGGAAAAUAACCUGGACACAUUAAAUCCAUCAAUGUGUGGACCAAAGAGGUUUUAACUCCUGUUUUUACUCUAGAAAGGGAGUAUAAUUGGAUGGUUAAUAAUUAGUCUUAGAGUGUCCUGCAGCUAGCUAUCCCCAUCAUGUUGCUUUACUUUAUGAAUUGAGUCUACGUGUGUACUUUUAACCAUUGGGGGCAAUUGUUGGUUUCUUUGCUGUUUUCAGUUCUUUCCAUUGAGAUUUUUGUGCAAAUGUCACUCUCUUGAUGUUUUGAAAUGCAGUUGAAUAGUGUGAGUUGAUGAAAUUGUCUUAAUAGCUACCUUUAGGCUGAGAUUUUUUUUUUUUUAAAUCAGUGGUUUUCCUACAGACGACAAAUCCUUAAUGAUAUAUAUCCACACACACAUAUAUCAUUAUAUACAUAUGUGUAAAGCUGCUAUAUAUGAAUAUAGUCUAAUUGGAAAGCUUUUGUUCAGUGAACACUUUCAUGUUCUAGUAGAGAAUUUUUUAUAUUUGUUCAGUUGAAUGAUCUUUUAAAUAAGUAAGGAUGUUUGAGAUUUUUGAAUAUGGAGAAAUUUUUCUUGGUUUAUUAGUGCUGGAGACCCUUGUCUGUGAUAUGACAAAAGCCCUUAUUGAUGUAUUUGGGUCACACUGUCUUAAAAUUUAUGUAUGAUUUAGCAGUAAACUUUCUUUGUGAUAAAUACAGGAAGGAAGGGGGGAAAUCCUUUAGAGUUUACACUCCUUUAUUUAAAAAAAAGUUUACUAAAAUACUACUGAUGUUGAAAUCAAUUCCCCAAAGAAGAGAUCUAUGCCGAUACGCCCAAACUAAUUAUUAUUUAACAUACUGGUUAGAACUGUCCGUAGAUCAGAAUCAAUCAGGGGGACCCCUUGAGGCUACAAAUAAUAUGUAAAACUUUUAAAUGAAGGAGGUGUGAGUGCUCUGCCCCACAGGAUGGCUCCACUGGUUUCCUAGAAUAAGGACAUUUCUAAAUGGUGUAGAGCUAUUCUGUGCCCGCAGCUUAAUCAUUCUUACUUUAGAUCUUACUGUGUACUAAGCAGUCCUAUAGUCUGGUACCCGAUGUACUUCCUUAGUAUUUGCAACAUACAUUUCCACAGCCCAAAAAAGCCUAAGGGUUUUGUUUGUACUUUAAGUGAGAAAUAAGGAAAUGAGCUGCCCCGUAUAUCAUGCAUCUGUGACAGAAGGAAUAGGGGUAAGUGGAAAUCAAAGAGUGUUGUUGAAAAGGCCUUUAAAGAAGGUCUAAUUAAGAGACAAAUGGCGCUGCCACAUUACUCUGCUCAUGCCGGCACUUCCAUGCCAACUAAUUCAAUCUGGUAAACAUGGGUCUGCUGUUUUCAAAGUGCUGUACUGAGUAUUUCUAUAGUAAGUACAAGGAUGACCGAGAGGAGAUCCCUGCCCUUGAGUCCACCAAGAGCUAGCAAGGUGAUUGUAAAUCCUAAAAAGGUUGGGACAUUUUACUUCCCGAUUCUGUUUGAGAGUUUAAGUCCUGUUCCCCUUGCCCCCUGCCCCCAAAUUCUGGUGUUCCCAGGUUAUCCACCAAAUGGACUUUCUGUAACAGAGCUGUCAUUACUGUGACAGAGUGGACAGAAUUCUAGACGCUAAGCCCACCACGUCAACUCGAACCCAGGGCCCGUCGCUUGUUGAAUGCAAAGCAGUACUCACUUGGCAGUAGAUGGUCAAGAAGAGAGUCAUUAGAAUUGUUUUAAUUACAUUUUUAACACCAAUUAAUAUGUUGUUUUGUAAAAUUCAUCUAUUUUCUUCCAUUUUCACGUUUUCCCCUACAUAUAUUUUAAGAAGGAAACUUAGAAUCUUGCUUCCCUUACCUCCUCUCCACCUCUUUAUUUCCAAAACGAGCAGAUUCUCCAAGACCAUUUCUGGGCUUUGGGGAGGGGGUGGAGAUGGCCGGGGCAAGCAGGAUUGAAUUUCUGUGUUUGUUUAUCGCCCGUUAAACUAGGAAAAGGGUGAGAGGGUAGCCACACUCACUCCUCUGCCUUUGCCUUAUCCUGCUCGCUUCCCUUGGACCACUUGGCCAACAUCCAUUGAACGUCUGCCGCAUGCGACUUAACUGUCCUCCUUCCAGGGAUGGGAAACAGUGUCCUCCGUGUGUGGGGUCCUCUCCUCCGCCACCCUGGGCUGCGGGCUUCAGGGGUCCUGUGGGUUCUGCAGGAAGUAGACCUGGGCUUCAGUGCCUCCCGCGUCCUUCCUCCCACCGACCAGGGGUGCUUACGCCCUACCCGCUUGUUUCUAACUGCAAGGAGAAACUGUACUUUCCGAUUUAUGUCCAGGUGAUAAUCCACGAAGUCACAAGACACAGAGGGUAUUUUCGGAAAUAUUCUCAAACUACUUCCCUCUUGCUGUUACCAUUUUUCCCUCUCAGAACGUCUUUUUUCUUUUUUUUAAAGAUUUUAUUUAUUUAUUUGAAAGCGAGAGAGGGAACACAAGCAGGGGGAGUGGGAGAGGGAGAAGCAGGCCUCCCGCCGAGCAGGGAGCCCGACACGGGGCUCGAUCCCAGGACCCUGGGACCAUGACCUGAGCCGAAGGCAGACGCUUAACGACUGAGCCACCCAGGCGCCCCUCCCUCUCAGAACGUCUUAAUCAGAAUCUCUUCAAAGAGUCCUUACUUGUUUGUAAGAUGUGAAGAACACGGAACGUCCCGAAGAAAUUCUGGUAGAUCUCAGUGGCAGCGAAGCUGGGUCGCCGUGUAAAUAAAAACCAGGGGUGAGACUCUCAGUGCUGAAAAUCGGCUAGUGAGCCCAUCAGUUGGCUCAUGAUUUCUUCUAACUCCUAGUCCUUUUUUAUAACAUCUUGAGGAGCGACUCUUCAGGUGCAAAAGGACAUUAUUUGAUUAAAGAUGGUAAGGUUUUUCAAACAUGUGGUAGUUGUAGGAGCGGGCAGUUUAAAGGCAGGAAGAGGCGCUGGAGGGCAAGGUGCGCAAGCUGGGGCAAACGCAGCUGCCCCCUGGUGGUAGGUCUGUACACUACACGGCGCGAAGGUGCUGCAUGUUUCCCACAUGCUGGGGAGCAUUGCAAUCCGUGUGUGUGUGUGUGUGUGUGUGUGUUUUGCAUGUUUCCGACAUGCUGGGGAGCAUUGCAAUCCGUGUGUGUGUGUGUGUGUGUGUGUUUUGCAUGUUUCCGACAUGCUGGGGAGCAUUUGCAUUCUGUGUGUGUGUGUGUGUGUUUUGCAUGUUUCCGACAUGCUGGGGAGCAUUGCAAUCCGUGUGUGUGUGUGUGUGUGUUUUGCAUGUUUCCGACAUGCUGGGGAGCAUUUGCAAUCCGUGUGUGUGUGUGUGUGUGUGUGGUGAUGGGUUUGCUCUUCUCAUGGAAGGAUCUCUGUUCAGUGUAGACAGUACAGUGUUUUUAAGGAGGUUGCUAAAGUAGUUAUCUAAAAACGUAUCUGUGAAUUUGGGGAAAUAGUGCUUAAUAUGUGAAGUAUUUUCAGUAAAUAUGGAGACGUACCAGUUAAUAACUUUAUUAAAUUGAUGGAAGCGCCCACAUUUCUGAAUGAACUGAGCUCUGAACUGUAACUAUCUCCUCCUCCGAGUUUAGAGGACUCGGCUUUACAUUCAUUGCACAUAUGUUGAACUUACAUAAUGACCCUUGGUCGAUUUCGAGAACUAAUUUUGCAGUUUCUUAAAAAUCUCCCUCUUCCUUCCAUACCGAUGUCAUAUGUUAUAGUUUAAACAUAUGUACAAUUUGUUGAUAGACUCAGAAAUGCUGGUUCAGAAGAAGAUGUUCUUAACACCUUAUGGUUAUGCAGUUAUAAUCUUACUGAAAAUUAAAUGCUAUAGGCAAGCCAAGAGAGCAUGAACCUCUUACAUAUUUUUUGGAUUAUAUACUGCACCCAUAUCGAUCUCCCCUCAAUGGUAAUGUGACUGCCCCCUCUUCGGGAAUGUAUUUAGGUAUGUAACUGAAACUGGGAAGCAUAACAAAUAUAUAGAAGAAGGAACUAUAUCAUUCAUAAUUACCAUAACUGUAGCACUUUCUCUUCUAAAUACAUACUGAUAAUUUCCGAAGUUCAUCUCUUGUUUUAGAGCCCUGUGCAAAUGAAUGUUAACUUGACAGUGCAACUGACGAUGAGAAAAUUCUCUUCUUUUUAAACUAAAAUGUUUGCACAUCAUCACUAAGUAUCUUGGGGGAAGGAACGUUUUAAAGUUUUCUCCACAGAGAGCGAAAUAGAGGCACUUGUUUGAAAAGUAAUUUAAAAAUGAUUUACUUUCAGUACUGGAUGAGUUGAUGGUCUCAUUGUUGACACUUUCUUGGUAUUUGUGGUAUCAGAUGCAUUUAUGAUGGAGAAAUUUUUACAGUUUCGACCCUCUACUCAAUACACACAACAACACACACACACGAGUUGUACACAUUUAGAUGAACAAAUAAAGUUCCGCAGUAUUUUUCAUUAUAGUCCUAUAACUUGCUAAGAUUCAUAGGAUUCUACCAUGAAGUAUUAACCCCUGACUCUAAUCAUUUGAAGAUGAGGGGAUCAACUUGAAGUUAACCAACAAAAAUGGCUUGAUUUAAAUAGCAAAAAUAGUUUACCCGAUAGGUAUUAAAAAUUCACUUUCAAAUUGUGUUAACUCUCAGACCACUGAUGAAUCAUUUAGUAAAACACAAGUAGUUUUUAAAAGCUAAAAGCUAAAUGAUGCCUUAGUGCCUUUGACAGGAUUCAGGAUUGGCAUACUUGUCACUGGGGAUUUAGAGUUUAGGGACCGUAUAAUUGAAUUAACUCCUUAUGGUGAAUAAAAAUCAGCCAUUUUGCCAUUGACUGACAGAUGACAACUACUUUCCUUACAUUUUCAUGAUGUGGUAUAUGUCUAUAAUUUUUUCUUUUUACAAGUACGUUUGAAAUGGAGAAAAAUGUAGUCAAGACAAUUAAGUGUGGGAUUUUAAAAUUUAGUUUUGUCGUAAACUAGAAAUUCUAGUGUGAACAGUGUUAGUUUUAUAUCGUAGUUUAAGGGCAGAAACUUUAUGUAACCUUUAGGAAUAUGUUUACCAUCAGGGAUUUCUUUUUACUAUAGAAAUACUUAAUGUACUGUGAAGUUUAAAGACAGGAAGAAUAAAUGUUGGAUGGGGUCACGCACAAAGGCAAAGGCGUAUGUGAUGAAGUACCCUACAUUAUGUGAACACAGUUCCCCUCCCUUUCUGUUAAGACUAUAAACUACACUGUAUGAGUAUGUGUACUGCAUGUUUACAUAAUACAGUUUAAUUUUGAAGGGUUAUUUUAAAAACUAUGUUUAUGUAUCAUACCUAACGAGCUGUAAAUAUUGUAUACUAUUGAUUUUUAAUUUUAUAUAAGCGAUUUUUUAAUUUCCCAAUUCAUGUACAAAUCUCAUUGUGUAUAUAGCAGAAUUUCCUGGAGAACACAAAUUUUGCAGUGAACUUUAAUUAUUUUAAUUGUGGUAAGCAUCAGGUUAGCCUUAGGGAUGUUGGUCUUUAUUUUAAUUUAUUUUUCACCACUCAUUUUCUUCAAAGGGCAGCAAUAAACAUACGCAAGUUAUUUUUGACUAUAGAAAGUCGGUCUGCAAACUCAAGAUCUAGGUUCCAAUUCAUUGCUUUAAAGAAAAGAUGCACAGUUAAUAUCAUCCACUGUCUAAUCACAGGACCGUUUCUGAGGUCCGUGUGUCUCUCCUCUUUGUAAUAUACAGGGUGAACUCUUUACUGACUCACACAGGACAACUGUUAAAAGUGAAUCCAGCACUUAAACAUCAUUACACAGAAUUUAUUGGAUUAAAAAUUUGUAAAAUACAGUAUUUUAAUAAAAUUUCUGUAUCAAUUUCAUGCACUUAUAUAUAAAUAAACCUGUCUUUAAAAGCUU